GUCCCGGCAUGCACCGCGGAAGGCUACUCCGCUGUGAGAGUGAGCAGUAAUGGCGGCCGGUUAGACACACACAGCAGUAGCCCGUCCGUCGUCAGCCGCACUCACCGCAGUCCUCUGGGGACAGCGAGCGUCACACGCGGCUGAGCCAGCGUUACGAGUCGGGGUGGAGACACGGGACGGAGCGGGCUUCCCUUCUCUUUCGCGGACACUCUAAAUAAGUCCAGCAUCAUGGACGAGCACCCCGGCGGAGGAGCCGCUGGACCUCCGCCGCCACCGCCGCCGCUACAGGAGCAGCAGCAGCAAGGGGGCACGGCCGGCUCUCACCCGGCUCUUGGAGGCGGUGGUGGGGCAAUGCUGGGAUCGCAGCAGUCGGACGAGCUACCGCGGCCUCAUCAGCAGUAUACCGUCCCCGGCAUUCUGCACUACAUCCAGCAUGAGUGGGCCCGCUUCGAGAUGGAGCGGGCCCACUGGGAAGUGGAACGGACUGAACUGCAGGCUAGGAUAGCGUUCCUGCAGGGGGAGAGGAAAGGUCAGGAGAACCUGAAGAAUGACCUGGUCAGAAGAAUCAAAAUGUUGGAAUACGCUCUCAAGCAGGAGAGGGCCAAGUACCACAAGUUAAAGUACGGAACAGAGUUGAACCAAGGUGACGUGAAGAUGCCCAACUUUGAAUCAGACAGCAAAGACUCCGAGGUGUCGGCGCUUCCCGCCAACAGUCAGCUGACCUGGAAACAAGGGCGACAACUACUGCGACAGUACCUGCAGGAGGUGGGCUACACAGACACCAUCUUGGAUGUGCGCACACAGAGAGUUCGAUCACUGCUCGGACUCUCUGCAUCCGAUCACAACGGCUCCGUGGAGAACAAGAACCUGCAGCACCUCAUCAACGGCACGGAACGCCGCAAGGACAACAAGAGGAGUCCAGGAGAUGUGUUGGAGACGUUCAACUUCCUGGAGAACGCCGAGGACAGUGAUGAAGACGACGACGAAGACGACGAUGGCGAGUUGCUGGAUGACAAACUUCACAGAAGCAGGAAACACAAAAAUAAGGUGGGAAACGAGGGCCUGGCAUCGGAGGACGACACAGACACGGAGGAGGCGCUGAAGGAGUUUGACUUCCUGGUUACGGCGGAAGACGGCGAGGGGGCAGGGGAAGCCCGCAGCUCAGGAGACGGGACAGAGUGGGCUGAGCCGCUCCCGUUCCCGAGCAGCGGGGGGAAGUCCUUCCUGAUGGGCGGGGUCGAUCACGUCUUGGAGAGCGUGCUGGGAUUGGGUGACCUCGCCGACCUCACCGUCACCAACGAUGACACAGACUUCAGCUACGACCUGCCGUCCGGUCAGGAGUCUUCAUUCAGGAAAACCUGGAACCCCAAGUACACGCUGCGGAGUCACUUUGAUGGCGUCCGAGCGCUCGCCUUCCAUCCCGUGGAGCCGUGCUUGGUUACCGUGUCCGAGGAUCACACGCUGAAACUGUGGAACCUCACCAAGACCAUCGCCGCCAAAAAAAGUGCCUCUCUGGAUGUGGAACCCGUCUACACGUUCAGAGCUCACGUUGGACCCGUGCUCUCGCUGGCCAUGACCUCCAGCGGCGAGCAGUGUUUCAGCGGCGGCCUGGACGCCACCAUCCAGCGCUGGAACAUUCCCAGCUCCAACGUGGACCCGUACGACACCUACGAUGCCGGUGCGCUGGCCGCGUCGUGGACGGGGCAUACGGACGCCGUGUGGGGGUUGGCUUACAGCGGCAUCAAGAACCGCCUCCUGUCGUGUUCGGCCGACGGAACAGUCAAACUCUGGAACCCUCAGGAGAAGGACCCCUGCAUCAGCACUUUCAACACCAGCAAGGACCACGGCAUCCCCACGUCAGUGGACUUCAACGGCUGUGACCCCGCCCACAUGGUGGCGUCAUUUGACAGUGGUGAUGUGGUGGUGUAUGACUUGGAGACUUCCCAGCAUGCAUUGGUGCUGAAGGGGCAGAGUGAAGGAACCAACGCCGGCUGUAAUCAUAUCUACAAGGUGGUCAGCCACCCCACCCUGCCUGUCACCAUCACGGCCCACGAAGACCGCCACAUCAAGUUCUUUGACAACAAGUCAGGCAAGGUCAUCCACGCCAUGGUGGCUCACCUGGAUGCAGUAACCAGUCUGGCUGUGGAUCCCAACGGAAUCUACCUGAUGUCCGGAAGUCACGAUUGUUCGCUGCGUCUGUGGAACCUGGACUCCAAGACGUGCGUGCAGGAGAUCACGGCGCACCGCAAGAAGAGCGAGGAGGCCAUCUACGAUGUGACCUUUCACCCCUCCAAGGCGUACAUCGCCUCGGCCGGCGCCGACGCCCUCGCCAGGGUCUACGUGUAGCACACGAGCGACGCAAACGUCCUGAGCAACAUGGCCUCGCACACACACACACACACGCCGCCUGGAGACAGCUGACCUGUGACAUCAUCAGUCUACAUGACACUAAAGUCCCGCCUCCUCCCGCGUGUCACCGUUCAUCCCACCAAUCAGCUGUUUGUCUUCGGAACGUCCCGACGCUUCCAUGUUGGACUUCCUUAGCGGCCGGCGGUCCUCAGGUUGUCACAAUGUCAUCACGAACAAUAAAGUUGUUUCUUGACGGCGCCAGCAAAUGGACCUUCACGUCCACGUUUAUGUUCAUUUGCUUGCAUGGACGAAACCACCUUUGACCUCCACGACCUGAGCUCGCCAUGAACUCAAACACGGAUGGCGGCCAACCAAAGCAUUUUUUUUUUUUUUUAUAAACAUAUAUAUAUAUACGCCGCCAACAACGGGACUCAGGACUGCAGUCACGUGGUCAUGUGAUCACCUCAGCAGUAGCUGAGCCAAUCAGAAAACAUCUCGGCGCCCACCCAGCGACUUCCUGUUCAGGAGAACUGUGGAGUACAAAGAAAAGUAAAAAAAAAAAAAAAAGGGGAGGAGCUACAGAGGUGCGGAGCCUCACCUGCCAGUUAAACGUCAAUCAGCGAUUAUUUUAUUUAUUGUGUUUUUACAACGGAGGCUGCGGCCUGACACGCCCCUCUCCCGUUGACAUAGUCGACAGGGGGGAGGAGCCAUGCUGCUCGUGGCCACCAUUUUUUUUUUUUAAGUCCUUCUAAGAAAGUUAAGAGAAAACAAUCAGGGGCCUCCUGGAGCGACGCCACCUUCUGAUUGGCUUGUUUCCUUUCACUUUUUGUUUUCAACUCAAGGGAUUGGCGUGGCAAGCAGCUGACGUUUACGACUUAACGUGUUACUACUACUUCCUGUUGGUGUCCUGCAUGAUUACCACAAUAAAAGUAUUUUUUCUAGUCUUCCAA